UGUGUCUCUCGCAUCACACUUUGUCCAGUGUGAGAGACCUUGACCGCUGCAGCUCCUGUCUCCUCUGGAUUGCUGUCUCUCACUGACUCACUCUCACACACACACACACACACACACACACACACACACACACACACACACACACACACACACACACACACACACACACACACACACACAGCACUGCCUGGUCACAGAGGACGUCAGUCGCAGCUCAGCUACAGGAGAGUGGAUGUCCGCCAGAGAGGACUGAUCCUGACUGAAGGCUGAAACCCGUCCUACUACAUCUCCAAAGCCACCGGCUGGGACCAAGAGCGAUGGAGGGAGAGGGCUGUAAUUCUGGGGUAGCGAUGGACUCAGGAAACCCCUUACUGAGAGCAGUCUUCCUCCGUCGCCUGCGACUCACACGGCUGCUCCUGGAGGGGGGCGCUUACAUCAACGAGAGCGACAGCCAAGGCCAGACACCGCUGAUGGUGGCCUGCAGGACCCAGCAUGUUGACGCCCAGAGCGCCAGCCGGGUCAAACUGGUCCAGUUCCUUCUGGAGAAAGGAGCGGACCCCGACAUCCAGGAUAAGGAGGGUCGCUCUGCGCUGAUGCACGCCUGCCAGGAGCACGCCGGCCCCGAGGUGGUGUCUCUGCUCCUGGGCAGUGGAGCGGACAUUAGCCUGGAGGAUCAGUCCGGGACGUCAGCGCUGGUCUACGCCGUCAUGGCUGGAGACUGGACGGUCCUGAAGCUGUUGCUUGACACAUGCAAGGCCAAAGGGAAGGAGGUGAUCAUCAUAAACACUGACAAACUCCCAUGUGGGAAACUGCAAGCCAAGCAGUACCUCAGCAUGUCUCCCCUCGGGCCUCUCGAUCAGACGGACAAAAUCACAUCGGCAGCUCCUGCAUCUCCCUCGGAUAUCCAGCUCAUCACCUCCCCCCAGUGCACCUCCUCCUCCUUAUGUCCCCCAAAGUCCAUCUUCUCCUUUAAAGAAGGCCAGUCCUGUGGCGUAAGCUCCCAUCCAUGUUCCCCGUCACGGUUGCGAGGGCUCAGCCAAGCAGCGGCGAACAGACUGCAGCAGCCCCUCCUGAGACUGAACUCUGAGCCCUGGCUGAAGAUCCCUUCCUCUCUGCCGUCUUCACAAAAUGGACAAGACUUCAACCAAACUGAGGACCUUUCUUUCAGAGUUCCCAAACUGGACGGCUUCAAAUGGUACGAAGGACGAUUGCCGAUGGAUAAAGGGGUCGAGGGAGCCGGCAAGAAUGAUUGUGCCAAACACGCAGGACAGAAGAUAUCUCUACCAGGUCUCCUUUCGUCCCACUCUGCCUCCCAUCCUAACCUCCAUUCUGAAAACCUCGGAACAGACUCCAUCGCCUCCUCCUCCUCUUCCUCCUUCCUGUCUGGUGGCAAAAACCAUGUUACUCCUCUUCACAGCAUGGCCUCGUCAAGCCUUCACAGCAUCAUCCAGAGGCGCAAGCUGGGCGCCGACAUCUACAGCUCUGACCCCCAGCUCGCUUUGGACAUGCAAACCCUCCCGGGGGAGCAGAGAGCAAGAGGCCCAAUAGACGGCAAGAAGCUGGCCCCCUUACGUUGCUCCAGCACCCUGGGCUCCAGGGAGUCGGGCCCGAACAGGAGAGUGCUGUCUGGGUACGAGCGCAGAGGGUCCGGUGCCUUCUUGUUGGACCACAACUCCCAAGCCAGGCCGAGGUCUCUGCCACCUCUGACCCUCAGCUCCACCAACGCUCCCGUCCUUAAUGUUUACAACUCCAGUGCCGGAGGUGGUUUCUCUGAGAAAGAGACCGGCCUAAAACAUUUCCUCCCCUCGGCUCCUCCUGGACACCCCAAGGAGCUGACGAGGAGGAUGCUGCUGAGGAGACACUCGAUGCAGACCGAACAGUUCAAAACCACAGCCUGAGAUCCGGGCGCCGGAAACUGUUCAUCAAUGUGUUUUAAUGUGAAAUGUGUUGCCACGUGACGUCGUCUGUGUAGUGAAACUCAAACGAGGGAAACCAAAGAGGAUUUACUGUACAAGAAAAACAAACAAAAAAAAUCCCAACGGAUGUAACAACAUGCAGUACGUACUGUAGUUCCCGUCCUCUGCCUCAGUGUGCUGUGUGGUGUCCCUGUGCACGUAGCUUCAGUUUGUUUAACAGCGGAACAAGAUGAAAACAUCUAAACACAAAUUUCCACCUUAAAAAAAAAAAAAAAAAGAUUCUGUGCAACAUCUGGAAAUCCAAUAUCAACUGCCGUCUUAGCUUCGUUUGGUUCUUUGCAAAUGUCUGAGAAAAAAGACAGCGUUCACCAGCUGGUUGCUAACUGUGUCUGUCCUCUGUUUAGUAGCAUACAUCAGGUUUUAUUGAGGCAAACAGGGUGAAAUUUGCAGGUUCAAAACCAAAACAAUGAGCUGAAAGAGGGUAAAUAAUAACAUAAAAACUCAUCUGGGGUCUGGUGAUAAUUCUAGUGUAUUUGCUUCACUUACACAUGAUCAUUUGAUCCAUUGCUUAUGUAAAAAAAAAAAAAAAAGUUGAUUAUUGUAGCUUUAGACCUGUAUUAAUUCAUUUUUGCUGAAAACACAACACUGACGCUGAUCACUUUAUGUUUUUACAGCAAACGUGUGAGGAAACAACUCAUCCCGCAGACUCUGGAGCAACAUUAACAACAUCUGGAGUCUUGUUUUACUCCUUUAGGCUCAGUUUCACCAGCUUUUCUUCAUCAUGUAUUGUCACUAACUUUGUCUGUCUGCUGUUUAGUGUAGGACAGGUGGGUUUAGCUUUUUAUUUUUAUUCUGGAAAACAAAAUAGAGCUAAAGGGAAGGUGACACAACCUUAUAUCAGAGCACACUAACGUUGAGACAAGAUCAGAAUCACGUCCUCAGAAUAAAGUCCAAACUGUCUGUCCCUAAAACACUGUGACACGUUCACUGUUCAUUCAUCACUAAAUUAAAACGUUAUUGCCUCACGGUUGUUCGCCUCCAACCAGUCAAGCUGCAGUUUACGUCCAUGUCUGUCCAGACUCAUAAUAAUAUAUGUAGUGAAGACUGAAGGAAUUUAAUAAAAAGGUGUUAAGUGUAUUUUCUGAUUUGUGAUAUAGGGAUACAAUAUAUGUAAAUAAAACUGAUUUAACUUGA